UUAAAUUCUGCCAAAAUUUUAAAAUAUAAUAUUAUUAGUUGUUAUAAAGUUAACUUAUUCAUCUAGGAAUAAUACACGUGUUAUUAUAUUAAGUAUCGUUUGAAAUAUAAAUAAGCAACCUAUACAUAUUUAAACAAGCCCAAAAUGCACGGGAGAGUAAAGGUUCGUACUACGGAAGAAGAAAAAGCUAGGAAGGAAAAAGAACGUCAGGAAAAAUUAAAAAUAUUCAAACAUGCGAUGCAAAAAAUCUUCCACAAAAGAAAAGAAUCGGAAUUAGACAAAGAACUGCUGGAGUUGACUGGAAAAGUAUUAUCAUCAAACCCUGACAUCUAUACCUUAUGGAAUAUCAGAAGAGAAAUACUUAUCAUAUUUGCAAAAACUUAUGAAAGUGAAGAACUUAGCCAACUAUAUGAUGCUGAACUGAAUUUAACUGAAUAUUGUUUAAAAAUCAACCCUAAGUCAUACUGUGCUUGGCAUCAAAGGGAAUGGGUGCUCACCACAAGAACUGACCCCAACUGGGAAAUUGAACUGGGUCUGUGCAGCAAAUAUCUUAAAUUUGAUGAGAGAAAUUUUCACACUUGGGAUUACCGGAGGUUUGUCGUAAGUCAAUGUAAGCCACCCUUGAAGGAUGAAUUUGACUUUACAACUGAGAAACUCCUUGACAAUUUCUCUAAUUAUUCUGCUUGGCACUACAGAAGUAAAAUGCUUGUAGAACUUUUUCCAGACUUGGAAGGAGGGAGACCAAUAGAGGAUAGCCAUCAUAAACAUGAAUUAAAAAUGGUACAAAGUGCAGCAUUUACUGACCCAGAUGACACUAGUGCUUGGUUUUAUCAAAGGUGGCUGCUAGGAGCUGUAAGAAUGGAUGUACAAGUUGUGGUAUAUGUUAUGACUCCUUCUAAAACUACAGUCGCAUUUAGCAAACCUGUAGACCAAAGUGUUGUUGACUCAAGAACUCGCUUAUUUCAUAACAAUGAAUUAUUAAAUGGUGAAUGGCAGUCUUGCUCGGGCAAUCAUUAUGAUGUAUUAUGGAUUUUUAAGAGUAAUGCUGUAGUUAGUGAAGAAGUGAAGUUGGAGUUUCAAAUGGAAGAUGGACACCUACAAGCUCUUCCUAGUAUCAAAAUGAAUGAAACUAAAUAUGUUGGAAAAAGCUCCAUAAGUUUUAAAAGAAAAUACUCUAAGCCUGUAGUUGAAGAACUCAACAAUCAGUUAGAAUCCUGUCGACAGUUGCUAGCUAUGGAACCUGACAAUAAAUGGACGCUUCUAACAACUACAGUCUUUCUUCAUUGCAUUGACGCAAAGAAAUACCAUAAGGAAGUACUAGAGAAUUUACGAACAUUAAAAGUUAUUGAUAAAUUACGGGCAGGAUAUUACAGUGACUUGAUAACUCAAUGGAGUGUUGAAGAUCAACUAGUUACCGAUUACGCAACUGAUUCUCUCGAUUAUAAAAUUAAAUUCGAUGAAAAAAUUAUCAGCUUGCCGCAUUUCCAGUACUACAGUCACUGUGAGAAUGUUGAUUUGUCGAACCAGGAUUUAGAUUCGAGUGUAUUGCCUGCUCUAGUUAUGUUACAGCAUUGUAAGACAUUAUCAUUAGAGAACAACAAGUUGACUACGUUAAAUAAGUUUCCUCAGUUAAAUAUAGAAGAAUUGAACUUAAGAGGUAACAAGCGAUUGCUAGUGGAAGAAGUAGAACAAUUUAAGAAAAACAAUAAGAACUGUACAAUUAUUUUUUGAAAUAUCACACCUUGUGGUGUAACAAUUAUCAUAAAUCUUAAAUCAAAGCCUUAAAAAAAAUUCUUACAUAAAAUUUAUAGAUUAGCUUAACAUCUUAAUGGUGGCUAACACUAUACCAAGCAACAAUAUUUGUACUGUUUUAGUAUGUAGAUUUAAGUAUUAAUUGUUAAAAAUACAAAGAUACAUUUAUUGGUUUUACAGAGGAUUUAAUUACUUUGAAGUUGGAAAUAGUGUGGUCAAAUUUGGAUCAUUUAAAAAUUGGGAAACCCCCUUUUUACAUACAACAUUUUGUUCUGUGAUCUUGUUGUUUUAUAGAAUGCACCGUUUUUAUAUUUGAUAAAAAUUAGCUGAUAAGCAUGAAUAACCUCUGUAAAAAUUACAUUGAAUAUGUAUAAUAAUUAAUUAUAAAUUAAAACACUUUCUGUAUGAAGAUUUGGGACUUAAGGCAGAGAGCAAUUGCUAAGAAAGAAAUAUUGAGUUUUUUGUCAGUCAAAAACCUAGUUACUAUGGGAAUUGGUUACCUAUGGUAAUAUAAGUUCAAUUAAAGCAAAAUCUUUAAAUAUAUUACGACCAAUAAUAUUAAAAUAUAAUAUGUAUUAAUUUAUUGCCUCAGGUGAAUGUAGUUUAAAGGCACUUUAUUGUAUGGGCUUACGCAAUGUUAUGAAAACACUGCUGAGCAAAUCUCUUUGAAUUCGCUUUUCAUGAAUUGCAAAGAUAUGUAGGUAUAAUGUUACAUGAUUUUCAUAUGAGCACAUACUGUUAUGGAAGCGAUAUUGGUGUAUUAUGUACUUUUACAUAUUUUAACUGCAAUUUGAAGGGCCGCCACACGGGCCACUGGUCACAACCUCAUGACGCAAACAGCGGCAUAUUUCCUAAACUUUUUGUAUGGAAAAACCACCAGCGUCGAAUAGUAGCGUGUGACGACCACCGGCUUCAGCCGUGUACAGCGAGCUCAUAUACAAUGUACGAAAAAUGCAGGAAAUAAAGCGGUGGCAGCGUUUUGUGGUUGUGCCGGCUCGCCACAUGUGGUGGCCCUACUACGUGAUAUAGAUAGAACAAAUAUUAUGGCUAGUUGUUUUUAUGCUCAAAUUUAAUAUUGUUGGUAAUCGUUUCUACCAAAGAAAGUGGCCUUAUACAUUUUUUGUCAACAGAAUUAUAGAUUAUAAGAUUAAUUAAUUUUAUACCAUUUACAAUUAAAUGCGUUAAUUGUUUACUAUGAAUGAAAUAUUUACAAUAUUUUGUUAUACAUAAGAGUACAUGGCUUAAUUCCACAUUUCCAGUACAAUGUUUUCUUUACUUUCAUCUAAGGUAUAACAAAUAUUAUAAUUUAUGCUAUUUGUCUGGAUAGAAUUUAGUCACAAGCCUGGUUUUGGUUCAAUAAAAAAAUAUAUUGUUAUUAUUUACACAAUUAUGUACUAUAGUUAUUUUAGAUCUUAAAAUACAAUGCUAUCAACAA